AUGAUUCGACUUCAUUCAUGUAUUUGUUCAACAUAUAUUUUUAAANCUGUUCCUGCUUCUCUCUGCUUCCUGCAGAUCUUCUGUGUUUAUUCCUACGGAGGAGUUGAGUAUUUGAGUUUAGCCGUCAUGUCCUACGACAGAUAUCUGGCCAUCUGUUGUCCUUUGCAGUACAACGCCCAGAUGAAGCCUGAUAAAAUGGCCACGCUGAUCGUCCUGACCUGGUCUUAUCCUUUCAUAUUAGUCACUGUCAUGGUUUGUCUGAGUUCGUCUCUGCAGCUCUGUGGAAACGUCAUCGACAAGGUGUACUGUGACAACUAUGCUGUGGUGAAGCUGUCCUGCUCCGACGCCGCCGUCAACAACGUCUACGGACUCGUGUCCACGUUCUGCACCAUCGUGCUCCCUUUCAUUUUAAUCCUGUUCACGUAUGUGCAGAUCUUCAGAGUGUGUUUAUGUGGCAGCAAGCAGAGCAGGCAGAAGGCCGUCAGCACCUGCACACCUCACCUGGCCGUCCUCCUCAACUUCUCCUUCGGCGCGACCUUUGAGACGCUGCAGAGCAGAUUCAACAUGAGCCAAGUGCCCCGAGUGCUGCGCGUCUUCUUGUCGCUGUACUCCGUGGCCAGCCUGCCGCUCUUCAACCCUCUGAUGUACGGACUCAACAUGACCAAGAUCCGCCACUCGUGUCUGAGCCUCGGGCCAAAGAGACACAGAUCCACACAGAGCCAGGUGUGCUGA